AUGGCGUUGGUAGAUGCGGACUACAAGUUCCGGUGGAUACAGGUUAGUGAUGUAGGCUCCAGUUCCGAUGGGCAGAUAUGGAACCACUGCGAGCUGCGCCAAGCCAUAGAGGACGGUGUCAUCGGCAUCCCAGAUGCAGAUCCACUACCACACGAUGAUGUGGACACCCCAUUCUACAUCAUCGCUGAUGAUGCCUUUGCCAUGAGGACCUGGAUGAUGAAGCCAUUCGGCCGCAGGGGUCUCGACCACGAUGAGCUGGUCUUCAACUACCGCCUCUCCAGAGCUCGUCGUGUGGUGGAGAAUGCGUUUGGGCUCCUUGCAAACCGCUUCCGUUGUCUGCUGAGCACCCUGCAGGUGGACAUAGAUACAGUGAACCUCAUAGUCCGGACCUGCGUAGUCCUUCACAACUUCUUGCGGGAGAGAAUUGCUGAUGCCCAUGUGUUGGACCAGGAGGAUGCCAACCACAACGUUGUCCCUGGUUCCUGGCGCGACAAUGCCAACUUGCUGGACCUCCACCAACCUCAGGGUGGUAACCGGGACACCGCGGAUGCGAGCUCCAGCGCAUAUACCUGA